AUGCCAUCCUUGAGGAGAGAGCUUCGAACAAGUUGGAGCUGACUGGGCCGCUUAUCGAUAGCUAUUUUCGUGAGUUGGGGAAAUCUAUGUACGCAAAGCUUGGGAGAUCAAGAAAUACUGGUCUUAUGCCGCCUGUUAAGCUCUUUGUGCCUUACGCAAUGUUUCGACACUUGUGCAAUGUUGCUGUUGGCUAUGGCGGCUCAAUGAAAAGCAGCAAGACGACACUGGCUGUAAAUAUCGAGUCUUUCGAAGCGGCUUCAAAAGUUUUCUCACCUGUGAGAUUUGGUGGCCAGAAUUAUCUAAAGAAAAGGCUAUUCGACAAGGUGAGAGUGAACAGUCACACUAUACUACAAUACUCGGGAAGAGCAUCUGUUGUUGUUGGGAAAUCAACACCCGUAAUAUUUGAUUACAACAUGAAGCAAGAAAAGCUAACUUUAACAUUUUAUGUUCAACGCUAUGACAAGGCUGAUUUCUGUUUGGACUUGCGGCUUCAAGCCCUUAUGAACAAAGACUAA